AUGGCCGCUCGAAAUCGAGCGUCUCUUACCGAUAAUGACUCAACAGGUGACCAAUUAACUGCUGAAAUGGUUCGCGUCAUUGUACCUCCACCAACAUAUAGUAUCAUGGCUGUUGAUAUUGACGAGCAUAUAGCUUUGAAUGAAUCAAUUGGAACCAAUGCUAGUAGUGGACCGCCUACCAACGAUUUUCUCGUGCAUCCUAGUACAGACUUGAUGGAAGGCAUCAAUCGAGACUAUGAAAUUCCAAAUUUUUGCACGUAUAAAAAAAUUGAAUUAUUACUAGAAAGAAUGCAAGAUGAAAAUACUGGCCUACCAAUCAAAUCUGUGAAAAGUUUUAUGUCAAAAAUUCCAAGUGUUUUUACCGGUGGCGAUUUAAUACAGUGGAUAUUGAAGACACUCGAUGUCGAUGAUACAACUGAUGCUUUGCAUUUAGCCAAUCUUAUGUCAUCUUGUGGCUAUAUUCUACCCAUAGAAGAUCAUGUAUUAACAGUGAAAAAUGAUGGUACUUUCUAUAGAUUUCAAACACCCUAUUUUUGGCCGUCGAAUCAUGGCGAACCUGAUAAUAUUGAUUAUGCUGUGUAUUUAUGUAAACGAACAAUGCAAAAUAAAACUCGCCUAGAGCUUGCUGAUUAUGAAGCAGAAAAUCUCGCACGACUACAAAAAUUAUUUGCUCGCAAAUGGGAACUCAUUUAUAUGCAAGCUGAAGCACAAAUAAAGGUUGACAAAAAGCGUGACAAAGUCGAACGCAAUGUUCUUGAUUCGCAAGAACGUGCUUUCUGGGAUGUUUACCGGCCAGCACCUGGUUGUGCGAAUAUGAGUGAACAAGAUGUUAAAAAGUUAAUGCGACGAAAGGCAUCGUUUUUAAGUUCUCAACCACUAUUAGGAAGUCAAAGAAAAUCGUCGACAGCAUCAUCGUCGACGGCUCCAGCGUCUGCACUUGCGUUUGCUGCUAAUAAAAAUUUAAUAACUAUGACUGUUGGAUUAUUAUCAACAGGACCAGCAGCCACCGCAAAUGCACCAUCACAAAGUCAAACAGGAAGUUUACGUGAAUGCGACGAAGCAGCAUUAAUUGAUCAGUUAUGUCAUGAAAUCGAAUUUCUCAAACAUCGAAUCGAUCGACGAUGUUUAAGAACUUCGAAAGUUUGCGAAAAUUAUGUUUCUUAUUACGAACAAUAUGCAGAAUUCGAUCCAUUUUUAACAACAUGUGAACCAUCAAAUCCUUGGAUAGUUGAUUCUAUUGAUCUAUGGGAUUUGGAAAAACUGGGUAAUGUCAAAGAAAUUUCGGCACGACGUGUUAAACGAUGGAGCUUUUCAAUCAAUGAACUACUCAAAGAUCCGAUUGGUCGCGAUCUUUUUUGGAAAUUUCUUGAUAAAGAAUAUUCCAGUGAAAAUCUAAGAUUCUACGAAGCAUGUAUACAAUUACGAUUUCAUACUUCACAAAACGAUGUACUCAAAAGAGUACAUGACAUUUACAAUGAAUUUCUUUCGCCAGGUGCUUAUUACUCAAUUAAUAUUGAUCAACGUGUCAUGAAUUUAACAAAAAAUAAUAUGACCCAUCUCCCUAGUCGAUAUACUUUCGAUGAAGCGCAGGAUCAUAUCUUCAAUCUAAUGAAUCGUGAUACCUAUGCUCGAUUUUUACGUUCCGAAGCCUAUAAAGAUUUAAUAUUAGGUGGAAAGAAGAAACCAGGGAUUAAAUCAGGCCGGCUUUCAAUUGUUUUACGAACUCCAUUAGAAACUGCACCGAUUAGUAGUAUUUGUAGUGCUAGUGGCUUUACUGACAAACAUUUAUUAGGAACUGGUUCUCGUUAG